CCAUCUCUUCCCGACUACUCCCACCGCCCUUAGGUCUUCAUUUUCUCCCUCCAGCCCGGCCCUCCCCAGCCUCGGCCAGGGUGGAGGGAGCUGGUGGAGGGAGGUGCCGGUGAGGAGACCUGACCAGCCUCUCCCUUUGUUCCUCCGGACCCCAGUCAUGGCCGAGUACGGGACCCUCCUCCAGGACCUGACCAACAACAUCACCCUUGAAGACCUGGAACAGCUCAAAUCGGCCUGCAAGGAGGACAUCCCCAGCGAGAAGAGCGAGGAGAUCACGACUGGCAGUGCCUGGCUCAGCUUCCUGGAGAGCCACAACAAGCUGGACAAAGACAACCUCUCCUACAUCGAGCACAUCUUCGAGAUCUCUCGCCGCCCGGACCUGCUCACCAUGGUGGUGGACUACAGAACCCGUGUUCUCAAGAUCUCCGAGGAGGACGAGCUGGACACCAAGCUCACCCGCAUCCCCAGUGCCAAGAAGUACAAAGACAUUAUCCGGCAGCCCUCGGAGGAAGAGAUCAUCAAAUUGGCCCCGCCACCGAAGAAAGCCUGAGCGAGGGGGAGGAGAGGAGGAAGGUUGGACCUUCACUGGACCACUCCCUUCCCCCCAGCCUCCAGGGGAGGGGUGAGGGCAACCCCCCCAGUCUACCCUCUUACUAACCUGGUCCUAACCCCCUUACUGUGCGCGUGUGUGUGCGUGUGCGCACGCUCUGGCUGUCCGUCUGUAUGUCUAGCUCAUCUAGUUCCUCCUCCUUGUGAGGGGAUGGGGGGGGUCCGGCUGGGGGGCAGCGCUUCGUUUCCCCACUUUAGGGGGAGGUGAGGGCUAUUUCUAUGCAAAUAGAAAUGGGCACAUUCCUCCUACUGCCCUUCCCUCCACUCUCCCCCCACGCGGCUGAAGUGUGGGAGCAGAAAGGACCUGUGUUCUCCUGUGCGGAAGAGCUGAGCUGGGGGGAGGCAUGGGGAGAGGUGGGGAUCCAGCGGCGAGCAGUGGGAGGGAAAGUGGCUCCCCACCCCCACCUGGAAGGGGUGAAGAACAGCCAGAGUUCUGAGUUUGUGCUCCCAUGCUGGAGCGGCCUAGAGUUUUCCAGCGGCUCCUCGGGUCGGAGGGCCUGGGCCCCAGCAGGUCCUGUUUUGCUCCCCUCCCACGGGCCUAGGGUGGGUAUGAGCCAGGGAUCUAGGGAGAGAGGACCACUGGAUCCUCUCCUGGCCCCAAAGUUCACACCCCAUGGAGCACCCAGCAUUAGAUCGCCCCUCCCAGCCUCCCCCAGAGCCUGUGCUGGGUGCAGUCCCCCCUAAACCGGACGUGGGGAGAGAGGGGGGGCCCUCUUUUCCACUCCUUUAUUCCUACUCAGACUGUUGCACACACUGACUCCAAACCUAGGGAGACUGAGGAAUGAGCUCCUUAGGUCCUGACCCCAAAACCUGUCCCACCCACAGGGUCCCGGCGUGGUCCCUCCAGGCGACCCUCCCUGUCUCGGGUCUAGAACACCCCCAGCUGGAACGAAGGGAAGAAGCUAGUUACAGUGUCUUCCUUCGCACUGACCCCCCAGCCUCAGUUCAGUUCAGGAGGGGCCUCGUCAGCCCACCCUCCCCCCUCUCCCGGCGUGUUGGCUCGUGAAUGCCUCCUGGCCGCAUCACUAGAGUGCAGUGACCCCAGCCUCCUUCCUGUGCCAGGACGCACCCCCGCCCUGACCGUGCUAACUGUGUGUACAUAUAUCUCUACAUAUAUGUAUAUUAAACCCGCACUGCCAUGUCCGCCCUUUCUUGUGGUGUCCAGCGUUCACUUCUUGUCUAGGCCAGGGCGGGGCGGGAGGGAUGCCGCAGCCAAGGGAGUGCCAGUCACGUGGCUACACAGUCAAAAUGAGAAAACUUUUUUCAACUUUAAAUUCACAUGCGACCUCGAGAGGCGAUUUAGAGAGAGUUGAAGUUCAGAGCGGUUAAGAUGUGGGAGCAGAACUUCAGUGGGUGGGGGGCUGGCUGCUGGGGGAGGGGAGAAGCCAAACUGGCCGGAGAGCGCGGCCCCUUUGCCCAGCCCAGCGUCCCCCCUGGCCACUGCUGCGGACACCUGCCUUAACACGUCCACCUUGAGUACUCCACAGUUUUGCCUUAAGGACCUCCCCAAGUUUCCCCAGCCCUGGCUGGCUUCUCCCGUAAGGACAGAGAGAGACUUGCAGAAUUGGGAGGGGGGAACUGAGCACGAACUGUCCUUCCAGUCAGGAUAUGUGAUGUGAGAGCGUGUGUGUAAGAGCAGGCGAGCGAGCGCGUGCGCGAGCGAGAAGGAAGAGAAGAGGGCGAGAUGGGAGAAGGGAGCCGGUCAUCUCCAGCAGAGUCUCGUCGGAGCUCUGUGAGCAGAAGUGAUCUAGACAGACUAACCUGCCCUCCCGGCCCCCUCCUGCGCUGCCCCGUCUACAGUGUGCACGGCCUCGUUCUAACCCUGGAAUAAAGGUGAUUGUACUGUA